CACCAGGAAAACGGUGUGUAGGGCUUGCUGUUAGUCCUAACAUCCUCAAGAUCUCGUGGCGGGAUACACCAUUAACUUGUCCAAGUGCCCGGCGGCACUCUUUUGGCCUAGCGUUCUGUCCUACUCUUGAUCUGGGCACACUACCAGAGGCUAAACACUUACUCUUGGCGCCCUAGCGCGUCAGACUCCUGAACUUCCUUUGGGUGUUUCGGGAGCGCACGCGCGUCUAGCAAAAUGGCGAACACAGCGCUUGUCGUCAUUCUGGAGAAGAUUGCAAGCAAGGAUAAGGAUUUUCGCUACAUGGCGACUUCCGACUUGCUGCAAGAGCUGCAGAAGGACACUUUCAAGGCGGAUGCUGAAUUGGAGAAGAAGCUGUGCGCUGUGGUUCUGAACCAACUGGAAGACCAGUCUGGAGACAUUUCUAACCUGGCCGUCAGCUGCCUGGGCCACCUAGCCCGCAAGGUCGCGGACGUGCGCGCCGAGGAGAUGGUGCGGCAGCUGUGCGACAAGGUCGCGGGCGGCGGCCCCGCCUCCGGCGGCACCAGCGCCGCCAGCAAGGCCCGCGACGCGCAGCGCGAGAUCGCCGCCAUCGGCCUGAAGGCGCUGAUCAAGGAGCUGCAGGGAGGGGGCGGGGGUGGUGCUGCAGGGGGUGGUGGUGUGCCGCACGCCAGCAGCCACCUGGCGAGCAGCGCGGCCACCAUCAUCGCGGGUCGCAUGUUGGAGGGGCUGGCAGCGCACAAGGACGACAGCGAGGUGGUGGGGCACGUGCUGGACAUCCUGACGGAGCUCAUCCAGCGCGCGGGCGGGCUGCUGGGGGCGGAGCACUGCCGCAUGCGGGACGCGCUGCUGGGGGCGCUGGCGGAGGGGCGGCCGGUGAUGAGGAAGCGGGCGCUGCAGGGACUAGCCGCUCUGUCCGUGUUCCUGAGCGACGAGGCGCUGGCGGGCGUGGUGGGCCCCCUGCUGCAGCAGCUGCAGCAGCCCGGACUCAAACCCGACUUUGCGCGCACCUACAUGCAGGCGGUGGGGCAGAUCAGUCGUGCCGUGGGCUACCGCUUCGGCCGCUACCUGGGCACCGCUGUGCCGCUGGCCAUCCGGCACUGCGACAACGCGGCGGAGGGAGAUGACGAGCUGCGGGAGCACUGCCUGCAGGCCCUGGAGGGUUUCGUGCUGCGCUGCCCGCACGACACGCGCCCCAGCCUGGAGGCGCUGCAGGGGGCGGCGCUGCGCUACAUGCGCUACGACCCCAACUACGCGGGCGAGGAGGAGGAGGGCGGGGACGAGGAGGACGAGGACAUGGGGGAGGGGGACGAGGAGGGGGACGAGGACGCGGACGGCGACGACGCCGACGAGUACAGCGACGACGAGGACGUGUCCUGGAAGGUGCGCCGCGCCGCCUGCCGCCUGCUGGCUGCGCUGCUGGCGCGCUACCCGGAUGCGCUGCCGGGGCUGUACGGCGCUGCGCUGGGGGAG